CCCACCUUUCUGAAUCACUAAACCAGCUGAGCCAUCGAUGCCUAACUGAUGACCACCUCCGAGCUUGGCCUAAAAGAGGCCAAGGAGCGAGGGCGGCGGCGCAACGUGGAUGAAGAACUCCUAUCUUUGCUCCAGAAGCUGUCCGCGCAGCUGGAUGCGCGCUGGCGUCGUGCUCCCACAGCAUGUUGUACUUGCCCCAAUCGUUGCAGCUCAAGGCCACGCAGCCGGCCCCGCGCGCCCCGCGCCCGGUCGACGCCGGAACGUGGCGGGACGCUGGAGCGAAUCCGGGCGCGGCGGGAGCCGACCGCUGCAUGGGUCCCGAGUGAGGUCCCGGCCGCCCAGGCACGACCCGUGGACCGGCGCUCGUCAACGAAGGUCAAGGCGCCGAAGCGCGGAACGGAGGACAAGACGCCCAGCCCGCGGCCGCGUGCCAAAAGCCAGGUGCCGCUGGUGCCACCGCGGCUGAAAGCCACUGUGGAGGUGAAGCCCAGGAAGCGUGCUGUACCGAAGGCAAGCUCCAGGAGGACCGAGCCCAUCGCCGUGGAGCCCACCGUCCCGGCGCCGCCCGUGGCCGCGCCGGUGGCCGCGCCGGCCGCGCCGGCCGAGGGCCUCCGCGCGCGACCGGGCUCCGGUCGCCGGUCCUCGCGGAACUUGUUGGCGGAGUUGUACCGUCCCAGCGACAGCCCGCAGCGCCCGCCGCUCCACGCACGGGCCCGCAGCGAGACCCGCGUAGCGGCGCCGAUCAUCGAUCCGGCGCCGGGCGCAGGCGCAGCGCGCGGGCCGCAGGCCAUGUGGGAGCCCAUGACCCGGCAGGGUCGGCUGAGCUUCGCACCACCCGAACGCGCGUCACGGGAGCUGAAUGAGGUCGCCCGCACCAGCUUCACCAAGGAUCGGGAAAGCUCCCGCGAGAUCUUCUAUGGCAGUCCUGAGAAGCCAGGUGACAUUUGUCUUAAUUGUGGACGUACCUUGACGGAGGACUCGAUUUUUUGCCGUCAUUGCGGCGCCAAGCGCCCAGAUCGCCCAGUGAAGGAGGUGCUGCCCCCUGCAGCUGUAGUUGAGCCGCGGGCGCCGCCUUUAGGUGCUCAGGAGCCCUUGAACUUGGAUAGUGCUACGCGGCAGCUGGAACAGUUGGUGCAGGAGACCCAUCAAGCUCUCCUACGAGAUGGCAUCAUUCAUGGGGAGACCACUGGACCCGCCCCCACUGCCGGCACCCCAUCCUUGGAUGCGGUGGACAAAGCCUUGGAAGAGCUGCAGAGGGGCCUCCUGGAGAUCGACCACGUCCUGGCCAAGCCCAUCCCAGAGGCACCGGCCUAACGCAUGGGAGCAUGGUCCAGCACUGGAAGAGAUGUGCCGCACAUGUGCUGCUGUGGAGCUGGGCGGACGGAGCUGGGCAGAGCUUUCUCAAAAGCCCGAAGAGAAAAGGACGCUCAGUAAAACCCGUAAG